AUGGAUGACAGUGGAAAUAAUCUUCACAAAAAACAGGGUACCAGGGUCUUCAAGAAAAGCAGCCCAAAUGGAAAAAUCACAACAUACUUGUGCAAAAGGGAUUUCAUCGACAGUCUAGCAGAUGUAGAUCCGAUUGAGGGCGUCGUAUUGGUUGACCCAGAGUAUGUCAAGGGACGGAAGGUGUUCACUCACGUUUUAUCAGCAUUUCGUUAUGGACGUGAAGAUUUGGAUGUACUUGGGUUGACGUUUCGCAAGGAUCUCUAUCUAGCCUCAGCUCAAGUUUACCCUCCAGUUUAUGCAUCCGAAUCCGAUAACUGUGGAAGGGUUCUAUUAAAUCCGGCAAGUACAGCUGUUUGUGGAAAUUCUAAGCCUCCUGGUCCAGAAGUUUCUGAAGGGAUAGAUGAUAGUUUACAUUCUGGUACUCUUCCACUGACAAGACUACAAGAACGUCUGAUUAAAAAGUUAGGAAGUAAUGCUUUUCCAUUUUACUUCAAGCUUCCUGCAGACGCACCUGCUUCAGUUACACUUCAGCCAGGUCCAAAUGAGAACGGCAAACCAUGUGGUGUAGACUAUGAACUAAGAACUUAUGUGGCUGAGACAUCGGAUGAUAAAUUACAAAAACGUAAUGCUGUUCGACUUGCUAUUCGUAAACUGACUUAUGCACCAGAAGAACCAGCCCCACAACCAUCUGCAGUGGUCCUUAAAGAAUUCAUUAUGAGCCCAGGUACACUUCGUUUGGAGGUCUCUCUAAACAAAGAAAAAUAUUAUCAUGGUGAAUCAAUAGAUAUCAAUGUUUUGGUAGACAAUAAUUCAAAUAAGACAGUGAAAAAAAAUCAAAUUGUCAGAAAUCUUGAUUUAUAUUUCUAUAUGAUUGUAACUACACCGAAAACUUUCAGUGUUAAUACAGAGUACAAAAAUAAGUAUUUCUUUUGUCGAUUUAUUUAUUUAUUCAAUAGUUCAGAAUCAUUUUGAAUAAUUUAGAUACUAAUUGUUAUAAAUAUUCAUGCUUGGUGAAUGUUUGAUUCUUUGUUUUAGUUGAUUGAAAUAGUAGUUUUGGUCAACUGUCAAUAUGAUUAAGUAAUUUUCUCCAAAAUUAGUACUUUAAUAUGUUAUUAAAAUUUUUGCAAUCAAUCAAAUAUUAUCUAAUAAAAAUAAUAAUGAAAUUAUAAUGAG